AUGGCAAAUAUAAGAGAUGACUCAACCUUGAAGUUGGAAGGUGGUUUCCGCACACCAACCAACAACCCGGUAGUGAGUCUCAUUGUGAUUCAGAACGAUGCAUCGGCUGUAUCAAGCACCGUGAAGUUUAAUGGAUCAAAUUAUCUUAUUUGGUCCAAGGUAUUGGAGAUGCACAUUGCUAGACAUGGUAAAAAGGGCUUCGUGACAGGGAGCACCAAGGAACUUGCUAAGGAUAAUGCUAAAUAUGAGAUAUGGGAGAUAGGGAAUGCAAUAGUAAAAGGGUGGUUGAUCAAUUCCAUGGAACCUGUUAUUAUGGGAUUUUUUAUUCACCUGUGUACAGUUAAAGAAGUUUGGGAAAAGCUGGCUUGGACCUAUUAUGAUGGUUCGGAUAUUUCUCAAAUUUAUGAAUUAAAGGUCAAAUCAUUCAGACUUCGUCAAGAAGGCUGGUCGGUUGGUGUGUAUUACGCUGACCUCAAGUCCGUGUGGCAAGAGUUAGAUCAAUGGAGACCAAUUAAGAUGGGAUGUGCUACAGAUCUCAAGACAAUUUAG